AGGUUUCAAAACAAAAUAGAUAAGAAUACACAGAAUAACAAAAAAACAUAAAGUAUAAAAUAUUGUUCAAGAAAUAUUUGUAGACUUCUAAGACUAGCCGUCUGUGUGAUUGGAACGUUCACUGAAACAAACAUUUUGGAUGGAGCAUAUCAAUACACACCUUGUUGUUUUUUAAAGGCUGAAUCAGGAUUCUAAAGUCAGUGUUGAAAAUAUCACACAAUCGUUUCAAAGAAAGUUAAUUAAAAUUGAGUGUGCGAAAAUUUUGUAAUCCCUUUGUAAUGGGAAAAGUUGUCAUUUUGAUAUUAUGUGCAGGCUUAUGACAUGGUUUUAUUUCUGAUGGAUAAGACACGUUAAGACAUUGACUAUAAAGUGAUUGCUCACAGAGAAACUAAAGCCAUUCAAUUCAGACAAUGCUAUGGCGCCAACGCUUCAAAGUUUUCCGCGAGAGACUUUGCACUCUUUCUUUCAAUGGAUAUUUUCCUGCCAUUGUUUCUUCCUACUGCUAGUGGCCUGCUUUGAGCUCGUUCACACACUGAGGAGCUUCCCUCCCUUGUUCAAUGCAGCUCUUGAGCGUCCUAUCACGACCAACCCUACAGCUAGUACAUGUGGAGCCACCCUGGAGGCCUACUGUUUGAGCAGCACCAGCGUGGAGUCCAUUAACAAAUGUCUGCAAGGAUACUGCAGCAAUGUUUGUCCUGGGAGGACCUUAUUGCCUAGCAAUGCCAGCAUGUUGACAGGUCAAACCUAUGGUGAUUGUGUGGAUGCAGACAGUGUUAACAUUCGACCAGGUGCUCGACAAGGCACUUUUUCCACAGUCUUUAGUAUGACAGGAUCCACUUGCUACAUAGUGUCCGUCUUCUCGCCCAGACUGGAUGAGAGUGGGACAUCCUCCUUCACUGUAGCUGGCUGGGUGUGGCUAGACUCAGAUCAACCAGGAACUUUGUUAGAAAAACAGUCCACCCCUGGAGAUAUUCUCUUCAGUCUCCGUGUUGGUCCUAGCGGCGUGUCUCUACAUUUUGUAGAGAACAAGAAAAUGAGACGUGAAAGUUGUCAGACCUUGGAAUGUGUGCUUCAGCGAACUUUGUUAGAAAAACAGUCCACCCCUGGAGAUAUUCUCUUCAGUCUCCGUGUUGGUCCUAGCGGCGUGUCUCUACAUUACAGCCUUUUUAACAGUGAUCUCAUCACGGCAAGAUUUGAUACCGUCAUAGCAUUGCAGCAAUGGACGCACAUAGCGCUUCAGAGAUGGGCAAAACUGAAAGAAGCUGGAGCCAGGAGUUUAAACAACGAGAGUAGUAAACAAGCUGGACUCAAGAGAAGAAGCUAUGUCACCAACUGA